AUGGAUUGCAACAAAGACGAGGCGGUCCGGGCCAAAGAACUUGCUGAGAAGAUGUUGGCUGAGAAGGACUUAUCAGGAGCUAGGAGAUUAGCUUCCAGGGCUCGAGAUUUGUUUCCUGGACUUGAGGGACUUUCUCAAUUUCAGGAGGUACUGGAUGUGUUUGCUGCUGCCGAAAGUAAAGUAUAUGGAGAGAUUGAUUGGUAUAAGGUACUCGGUGUUGAUCCUUUCGCCGAUGAGGAAACAAUCAGAAAGAGAUACCGGAAGUUGGCUCUUGUUCUUCACCCUGAUAAGAACAAGGCUGCAGGUGCAGAAGGUGCGUUUAAGAUUAUUUCUGAAGCAUGGAGUUUGCUGUCUGAUAAGGUUAAGAAAGCCGUUUAUGAUCAAAAGCUUAACUCAAGGGCCACAUAUGGUAUGUUUUAUGGUGUAAACCCAGCCGCAAGUAUUCAGAGGAAUGGUGGGUACAACUUCACCAGUCCAUCAACAGCUGCCUGGAAUUCCUUUGCCCCUUCUUAUCCCUGGACUGCUUUUACUCCCAGUAAAUCAAAUGAUGGUACCAACUACACCAAUUCAGCAACAGCUGCCAGGUAUUUCUCUGCUUCGUCUAAUCCUCAGACUGACUCUACUUUAAAUAAAUCAAAUGGAAAUACCAGGUUCACCAAUUCAUCUACAGCUGCCAAGAAGUCCUUUGGCCAAUCUAAGCCGAGGACUAACUCUGCUCCCGGUAAAUCAAGUGGUGAUACUUUCUGGACUUUAUGUGAGAAAUGCAUGAUGCACUAUGAAUACGUGUCUAUUUACCGGGAUAAGAAUCUUCUAUGUCCUCAAUGUCACUUGCCCUUUUUAGCAAAAGAGAUUCCUCCUCCACCUCCAAAGCGCAGUACAUCACGGAAUUCGUACCGGAAGCAAAAAAGUGGUGAUCCAGCUAGUAACACAUCAUCUGGUUUGAGGACAAAUUUUACCACAACUUCUAGAGUGGGAACUACAGGAAAUUCUUCUCACUCCAUGAGUCAGGAAAAUAUUUCACAGAACUCAUCUUUCAAUUUUGGCAAUUUGGGAAGCAUGCCAAAACCAUCAAUGGAUGCUGGUCAGACAUUGCAUGGGUUUCAGUCAACUGGUUUGAAAAGAGGACAUGAAGAGGCAUUUGGUGGCAUAUCUGUUGGGAACAAAAGUAUUGCUACUAAUACUACAGGUUUACCUAUUAGUGAUGCUCCCAUUAUUGGCAGCGGAUUGAAUUUGUCAAAGAAGAGACGUGCAGAUGAACAUAUAUCGACUUUGAGAGGGGAAAGCCUUUUGAGCCAAAUCCCACCAUCUUGUGCUGUUGGUAAUGGCAAUAAUGAUUCUGGAAAUAGUGUGGGUGGGAUGGAAACUGAAAAACUAUUUACUCCUGGAACUCUCAAAUCUAAGUGUUCAAUGGAAGGUUCAGCUUUAGAUAUUCGUAAUCUGCUGGUGGCGAAGGCUAGGAUGGAAAUCCGCAAGAAGCUAGAAGAGUAUAAUGCAACUAAGAAUAGAUCGCCACUGGGUAAAGUAGAGACUGAGAUGAAGAAGGAUAUCCCAUCCGUCUCCUCUCAGGAGAAAUCUGUUGUAGCUGGCAUGAUGGUGGCCAAAAAUAGAAAUAUUUCUGUGAAGGGUGACCAUAUAUCCGCACACACCAGAAGGUCUUCUCCUUCUCCAGCUGCAGCUUGCUCAAGCAGGGAGACUACCAAAGUGGCGGCAGUAACUGACCCCAGUUCAGACGGGCUGAAAGAAUCCUUGCAUUCUGGUUCAGCUGUUGUUGCAGAUACAAAAACUAGUGAAACUGUGACCAUGAGUGUGCCUGAUCCAGAAUUUUACGAUUUUGACAAGGACAGAAUAGAAAAAGUAUUUGCUGAAAACCAAGUUUGGGCAGUAUAUGACAAUGAGGAUGGCAUGCCCCGAUUUUAUGCUAUGAUACAUAAUGUCCUCUCGAGGAAGCCUUUCAAAGUUCGCAUUAGUUGGUUGAACUCUAAAACCAACAGUGAAAUUGGACCACUUAAUUGGGUUGGCUGCGGUUUUACUAAGACCUGUGGAGAAUUUAGAGUCGGCAAGCAUGUAGUCACAAACAAGCUUAAUAUCUUUUCGCACAGGGUUAAGUGGAGCAAGGGUCCUAGAGGGGUUAUUCACAUUUUCCCUAGAAAGGGGGAUAUAUGGGCUUUGUACAGGAACUGGUCUUCUGAUUGGAACGAGCUAACUCCUGAUGAUGUGAUACAGCAAUAUGAUAUGGUAGAAGUAGUUCAAGACUACCAUGAGGAGCGAGGUGUUGCUGUUACUCCCUUGGUCAAGGUAGCUGGAUUCAGGUCUGUCUUUCAUCAGCAUGUGGACCCAAGUAAGGUGUAUACAAUUCCAAGAGAAGAGAUGUUCCGUUUUUCUCAUCAGGUAGUUUCGUACCUACUCACUGGUCAAGAAGCUGGAUCUGCUCCAAAGGGUUGUCAGGAGCUGGAUACAGCUGCCAUGCCAUUGGAACUUCUCCAGAUCAUGAAAGAACCCAUGGAGGCAGGUGGAAGCUCAGUUGGAGAACUAGCCGGAGUUGGAGAUGCAGAUGCAAGGACCAUUAGCAAAGAUGCAAAAGGUGCUGUGACAGAACAAAUCAUCAUGCAUUCGAGUAAAACCAAGGUAGAGAGCACAAGUGGAGGGAAAGAAGUUAUAACGCAAUCUGGUGCUAACUGUUCACCAUAA